AUAUAUCUAUUAGUGUACUUAUGUAGGUUAUGCAUAUCAAAACCUUAAUGUAUUAGUUAAAUGUGUAGUUUUGGUAGUUUAAUCAUUAUGCAAAAAUAUAAACCUAUAUUUGGUUUAUAUAUUCAGUCCACUUCAGGAGCCAGCAGUAUAGCACAAAAAGCAGGAGUUGCUGCAUUAGGCUUGGGCUAUGCUGGUGGGGAGGCAAUUUCCACCAUGGUGAAAGCAUUCAGGGAACGGCGAGAUUUCUUGGUUAAAAGCUUUGGGGAACUGGAAGGUGUUAAGAUAUCAGAACCGCAGGGGGCUUUCUAUCUCUUCAUUGAUUUUAGUUCUUUCUACAGAAUAGAAGCUGAAGGUUUUGGUAAAAUUGAAAAUUCGGAAUCACUCUGUCGAUACUUCCUGGACAAUGCUCAGGUUGCACUAGUCCCUGGAGAUGCAUUUGGGGACAAUAGCUGCAUUCGGAUAUCGUAUGCAGCAUCCGUCACUACCUUACAAGAUGCUUUUGAGAGAAUUAAGAAAGCACUCAUCUCCCUCAGGCCUGCUGUCGCUGUUUAACACGUGAAUUACCAUCAUUUAGCUUGUAACUGUAGCUUGUACUUUAUAUUUGGGAUUUGAGUUUUCUUUAAAUUCUGGGUUGGUUCAUCCUUGUUUUUCUUCUAAA